UUUACUUAGAUAACAAGUAGAAGACAAAUAUUAACCUUGACUACAUACGAAUUAUUUAAAUUGUUACGAUGAAAAGAUAUCAAGAAUAAUAACGUGAUGGAAGUUAUAAUAAGAUACUUGUAAUAUAGUAUAACAAAUUCAUUCCACUAGAACGGUUUAUUUUUGUAGAAUUUAUCAAUCUCGGUCAGCUUAUCGAUUGGAACAUUAAAUAACGAGAAUAUUUGUCAGUAUAUGCAUAAAAGCAUUAUCAUUGAAGUGUUAAGAAAAGCAAUACAGACCAUGUCGGGUAUAUUACAUAAUGUUGAUAUAGGAGAUAUGAGAAUGAAAUACAAAAAUAGAAGUGAAACCUUUAUAGAAGAAAAUUUGGUAAGUAAAGAACCAAUAGGACAAUUCAAAGCAUGGUUUGAUGAAGCAUGCGAAUCACCACAUAUACUUGAACCAAAUGCGGUAUUUCUUGGAACAGCAACUAAAGAUGGCAUUCCGUCUGUAAGAACAGUAUUAUUAAAACAUUUUGAUAUGGAAGGUUUCAAAUUUUAUACAAAUUAUAACAGCAGAAAGGGUAAAGAAAUAGAACAAAACCCCAAUGUUGCAAUGACCUUCUAUUGGGAACCAUUACACCGAGCUGUACGUAUAGAGGGAACUAUUGAAAAAACUUCAGCUAAUGAUUCCGAUGAAUAUUUUAAUAGUCGACCAUUUCCAAGUAAGAUAGGAUCUAUGUCCAGUAAACAAAGUACUGUCAUUGCUACCAGACAUACUCUUAUUGUGAAAGAAAGGGAAUUACUUGCUCAAUAUACGGAAGAUGAUAUUAAAAGACCAGAUUGGUGGGGUGGUUACUUAGUUAAACCAAAAUCUGUUGAGUUUUGGCAAGGACAAAGCGAUCGUUUGCACGAUAGAAUUCGUUUCAGACGACCAAUUUCCGGAGAAAAGAUUGAUAAUAUUUUUGUUCAUACAGGUGAGAAUGGAUGGGUUUAUGAAAGAUUAUCACCUUAAUAAUUAUAAUAUGGCAUUG